CCCAAAAAAGCGGACUUGUCAACAAAUGAGCUCUUAUUUUGUCAACUCAUUCUGCGGUCGCUACCCAAAUGGCGCGGACUUCCACGUCCAUAAUUAUGGCGAGCAGAGUUCGGCGGAGGAGCAGUACCGGGACUCCGCGGCCAUGCACUCCGGCCGCUACGGCUACGGCUACAACGGGAUGGACCUAACGGUCGGCCGGGCCGGGAACGAACACUUUGUGGGCGGCGAGCGCACCGCGGCCGCCUUCUCCCCGCCCCCGGUGGAGCCGGGCAGGUACACGCAUUCCUCCGGCGCCUCCACCGGCGGCGCCUCGUCCCCUCCCGCUGACCUUCUGCCGGUGGCCAGCUCCACGCAGGCCACGGAGCCUCGCUCCCGCGGCGUGAAAAACUCACUCCCGAGUCCCUGUUCGAGCUCCGGGUUGAUGCACUCCGCGCCCAAGGGGGACGAGGAGAAGCCCGCCGGGAGCGCGCCCGGCACCCCGCAGAACGUCAGCGACACGGCGCAGCCUCAAAUCUACCCGUGGAUGAGGAAACUGCACAUAAGUCACGAUCUCUCCGGGCCGGAAGGCAAGCGAGCGCGGACCGCCUACACCCGCUACCAGACCCUGGAGCUGGAGAAGGAGUUCCACUUCAACCGCUAUCUGACCCGCCGGCGGCGGAUCGAGAUCGCGCACGCCCUGUGCCUCUCGGAGAGACAGAUCAAGAUCUGGUUCCAGAACCGCAGAUGAAGUGGAAGAAGGACAACAAGCUGAAGAGCAUGAGCAUGGCGGCCGCGGGCGGCGCAGCAGGAGGAGGAUACAGGCCUUG